UUUAUGGCCACAAUCACGUGUUAAUUGAUGAGCUCAUCCGUCUCUGUCAGCUUGAUAUCUUGUAACACGUGCCGACUGACAUGAUCAUAUGUCCUGAUGCCCUCAUGACUGCGGAGGCCACGGUCCACCAUGCCGAGCGAAGAUCUGCCGUCAACCGAUGCGGCGCCGGACCCUGAGUCGGGACCCAACACCGGGCUUGAAUCUUUGGCUUGCGUGUCGUGCCGGGCCCGGAAACUGAAAUGCGACCGAACAAAGCCGGCAUGCACAAGGUGCACCCGAAUAGCCUCGGAGUGUUGUUACCCGGAGUCCAGGAGGAAGCCCGCUUUCAAGCGGAGGAACGUCAAGGAACUUGAGGAGCGCCUGGCCCAAGUGGAGGUUUUACUGAAGGAUGCGCCCAAGAAGGCUUCUGUUUCCGACGAGGUCCCUGAGGAUGUGCCGCCUUCCCAGGUCCCGGAUGCUCCAGCCCAGCGCUUACAGCAGUCGUCCAUUCCUGACGCUGCAGACGAUCCGUUCAGCUGGAGCUAUGGGAGCGGUGUUCCUGGGCCAGCAGCAAGCGAGGUCCCCGGCGCCAACACUCAGGCUCCCCGUCCACGAGCACCUGUCUAUCCUGAAUUCUCAAUGGCCGACAUUAAGUAUAAGCAUCGGGCAGAGAAUGCAGGCGCAUCACGGAAUGAACUCCUGGGGCUAGGGCUCUUUGAGGCCAUGCCCCCAACCGAAAUGAUUGAGGACUUGCACAGGACAUUUUUCACAAAACAGCACCCACUGAACCCUAUCAUCCACCCCGGCCGUUAUAUGCAGGCUUUCCACUCUGGAGGACACCUACGCCCGCCGAUGGCACUCAUUUAUGCUGUGUGGACGAUGGCCACGAACAGCCAUGAGAAGUACUCGUCAUACCAUGAUGCAUUUCAUCGAAGAGCCCGCCAUUACCUCGAGGAGGACGAACUUAGGGGAGAGGGAGAGCACUUUAUCACGGUGGCCCACGCGCAGGCCUGGGCUCUUCUCGCCACAGACGAGGCUCGUUGCAUGUGGUUCACGCGUGCGGCCAUGAGUACGGCCCGCUGCAUCAAGCUGAUUCAUAUGAUGGGUCUGCACCGGUUGGACGACCCCAAUGCGGCAGCAGAGCUGGCGCCGACAAUUGCCCCUCCAAGAGAUUGGACCGAGCUGGAGGAGAGGAGGCGAGUGUUCUGGGGGGCAUAUUGUGUUGAUUCCCAUGCCUCGAUCAGCACCGGCUGGCCAAGCUUGGUCGAUAUGAGUGAGGUUACAACCCAUUUGCCCAGCUCCGAGGAGGCAUUCAACACGUGUACGGAAGAGACGACCUCACGUAUCGAGGACGUGUUUUCGGGGGCGUCGUACUCAUCAUUCGCGGGAGCUGUGGUGCUCUGCUAUAUAUUCAACGCGAUCCUAAAGCACGUCCAUCGUACUAAGCCUGACGACGGCCGAGACAACUACGACUACGGCAGGUACUGGAACAAACAUAGGGAGCUGGAUAAUAUGUUGUCAAGUGCCUUUAUGUUCCUGCCAGAGCGGUUUAGGCUACCCAAGAAUUUGCGAGACCCUGUGGCUGUUCACACAAACCUCAAUCUCCACGCAUCAGUCAUCUGUCUGCAUAACAGCGCCUAUGAGAUGACAAAGGAGCAUGACCUUCCUGAUCAUGUCAAACAGACAAGCAAGACACGAGUCUUGACGGCGGCCCAAGAAAUUGUGACUGUCGUCAAGUUGACCAGCCACUCGAACGUUGGAUACAAGAGCCCGCUCGUCGCCCUCGCGCUCUACGUCGCCAGCUCAGUCUACACAACAAUGUCACAGGACGACGGCAUGCAGCCGGACUACACCUCGAACCUCGAAUUUCUCCUAGUUGCAAUGAACGCCAUAGGCAAGCAGCAUGUCAUCACCAAGUCGUUCCUCACACAGGCGAUCGUCGAUCUGCAACGCGCAAACCUCCUCGGCCAUGUCCGCAUCCCACGAAUCGAGAUGCCUGACACGCGCAAGAUAGUCACGGCAUGCGGCAACAACAUACCCCUCUUCGCCAGGUCCAGACUCUCGAGGAUCGCAGACAUGCAGCCGCCCCUCCCCGGACUGCCCCUCAGCAGCCCGGCCAACGUCCAGGAGAUGGAGAAGCAGAUCCGGCAGGUCCUCCAGUGGGACCUCCAGGUGCCGCCGGGCCGCCCCGAGGGGCAGGACGGGGGGUACGCAAACAAGCGCAAGCGCAUCGCCGUCUCCCCGGAGCCGACCUCGGCGUCGCAGGGCCUGACGCCCUCACUCUGGUUCCAGCCGACGCAGGCGACCGAGGCGACCCCCUCGGACACCACCACCACCACCACGGGGGGGUCGUCGUUGUCUUCGGACGGCAAGUCGCCGCCAGCCGGGGCAGGGAGCGCCGCGGCGGCCCAGUUCAGGCUCCCGCACCGCGCGGGUGGCUCGUCGGCGGGCUCGUCCCCGUCCGCGGCGGCCAACAGCGCCUCGACGCCGACGACGCAGCCCAGCUCGGGCGUCAGCCCCGGCACGACCACCGGCGGAGGCCAGGGCCUGGCGCAGGCCGGAGCCGCGGGGACGAUGCCGGGCGGCCCCCGGGAGAUGACGGACCCUUUUGCGGCUCAGCAGCAGCAGCAGCAACAACAAGAACAACAACAACAACAACAAGCACAGAUAGACAUGAACUUCUUCCAGGGAAUGAGCGCGUGGGACGGCCCUGGUGACCCGUCCGUCUUGUUCUCGCAGGUGGCGGCUGCCAUGCAGGGCGGCGGCAACGUCGGGGCUUUCGAGCCCAUGCUGGACGACGACAGCUGGAUGAUGAUCGGUGACGCCGGGCCCGGGGCUGGUGGUCCCCCGUGGGAUACGGGCCCGGGCGGGACAGGGGGUGUUGGCUAGGGGGGAGGGAGCUGGCCGGCUGCGAACGGGUUUAUGCGUUCGUUGUGAGCGAGGGUGAUGGGCUGUGGCAUGUUGGUAGAUACCCCCCUCAUUGGGCAUCUUGCGAGGAGUCCGUGUGCGUCUUGUGCGUUUUUGUGAAGCAUGUAGAACACGGUAUAUUCGCCACUUUAUUUACUUUUUGCAGCAUAUCAUAUACGUUGUUAAUCAAAGAGAGC